ACUGGGUCCCUUAACACGUCGUUUCUAGGAGCCGAGCCUGUGAGGGGUCGCGUGUGCCGUGAUUUUCCGUCUUCUGAAUAAGAUGGCAGUGGAACACAGUUUGCCGAAGUGGGAGAGGAAAGUGCGCGUUCUUCUCUGUGCGCUUGGUUUGUUUCUGUCAGUGUAUGCCCUCCACGUCGAGCUGUCCAAGGAACAGGACCCGGACUACACAGCGAUGUGCGACCUGGGGGCGUCGGUGAGCUGCUCCAAAGUUUUCACAUCGAGAUGGGGACGUGGUUUUGGUUUGGUGCAGUUCUUAGUUGAGAAAGACAGUCCCUUAAACCAGCCCAACAGUGUGCUUGGCAUCAUAUUCUACACUCUGCAGCUGGGCCUGGGAAUGUCCAUGUCGGCCAAAGCAGCGUUGUUCCUAGUGUUUUCCUCCUGGGUGUCCGUGGCCGGCUCACUUUAUCUGGCAUCAAUUCUGGCUUUUGUUCUUGGAGACUUCUGCAUGGUCUGUGUGUCAACUUACAUCGUCAACUUCGCUCUGCUCUUCACCAACCUCAAGCGACGCAGUGCCAUUGAACGGAAGAAAGGAGAGAAGGACCAAUAAAGCAGGUUGCUGUGGAAUUUCAGAAGCAUGUCUUCACUCCAAAAUAUGGAGUUAACUUUGGCUGUGAGUUUACAGAUAAUGCAUAAAACAUUAUGUACCUCAUUUUGUUCAUUUGUAUGGACUGGGUUCAAAGGUCAUGGAAAGAACUAACGCUUCUCUUGUUUAGUCCUGUCAUGCGUAAACUGUUAACUGUAUGUGCAUUUUUUAAUACGUGAAUAAAACACGUGGC